AUGUGGUGUUCGCUUGAAAUUCUACUAAAUCAUAUUGUCGUUGUUUGCGACAUAGAUCCUGAAAUUACAUUUGACUUAUGUGACACUUCAGGAAGACUUUUAGGAUUAAGUGAUUCACAAGCCUAUCAGCAAACAAUUAAAAGUCUUGAAGGUGGCGCUGUUUACAUUCUUGUGGCAAUUGAAGACCAACAAAUGAAUAUCCGACCAAUGCUUGAUAAUUUUGAACAGUACUACCCUAAUUUAACAGAACAAAUAUCACAAAAUAUCCAUGAUAAAUCAGAAAGAUAUUCCAAGAGAAAGCUUAUGAAACGAACACCGCUUCCGACAAAGGUGACAACCAGCAGAAAGGCUAAAAAGUAG